AUUUGGGCUCCAUAUAAAAUCUGGCCAAUGAAGGAAAAUGUAUAUGUUGUUGUGAACUGUCCUCAAGUCAACAUCGACUGAUGGCAACUCUAUGAAUGAGAUAUCUCCAGGGCCCCCUAUCAUCUGCCACUCUGCUCAGAUCCUACAGCUUAGGCCUGUGACCUUUCUGAUUGAAUCUACCCAUCUGGUCUCUCUGCUAUGGAAAAGAAAUUGGCUGAGUACAAAUGUAAUACAAAUGAAGCAAUUCAUCUAAAAUUAGUCCGCUUCCCAGAGGAUUUGGAGGAUGACAGCACAACGUUCCAUCCAGAGUUCAGCCAUCAAGUUUUUGGGGAUGAUGAGGUUGCCUUUGGUUACAAGGGACUGAAGAUUCUUUUGUACUACAUUGCUGGUAACUUGUCAACAUUGUUUCGUGUUGAUUAUACAUCCAAAGUUAAUGAGAACUUUGACUGUGUGGAGGCAGAUGAUGUGGAAACUAAAAUUAGAGAAAUAAUUCCACCAGGCUUUAGCAGAAGUACAGAUGACUUUGUAUCUUUGCUGGAAAAAGAGGUUAACUUCAAGCCAUUUGGGAUAUUGCUGCACACAUAUUCUGUGCAUAAUGAAGAAGCAGGCGAAGACAUAACAUAUCAAAUAUAUAAGGCUGACAUGACAUGCUUAGGCUUUCGAGAGUAUCAUGAAAGGCUUCAGACCUUCUUGAUGUGGUUUAUUGAAACAGCGAGCUUUAUUGACGUAGAUGAUGAAAGAUGGAACUACUUUCUAGUAUUUGAGAAGUAUAAUAAGGACGGAGCUACGCUCUUUGCGACCGUAGGCUAUAUGACAGUCUAUAAUUACUAUGUGUACCCAGACAAAACCCGGCCACGUGUAAGCCAAAUGCUGAUAUUGCCUCCGUUCCAAGGCGAAGGCCAUGGGGCUCAGCUUUUAGAAACAGUUCACAGAUACUAUAUGUCCUCCCCUACAGUACUUGAUAUAACAGCUGAAGAUCCAUCUGAAAACUAUGUGAAACUACGAGAUUUUGUAUUGGUGAAACUGUGUCAAGAUUUACCUUGCUUUUCUCCAGAAAAGCUCAAGCAAGGUUUCAGUCAAGAUAUGGUAACAGAAGCUCAACAAAAGUUGAAAGUAAAUAAGCAACAUACCAGACGGGUUUAUGAAAUUCUCCGAUUGCGUGCAACAGACAUGAGUAAUCCUGAACAAUCUAGAAAUUACAGACUGGAUGUAAAAAGAAGACUGAUGGGUCCUUAUAAGAAAAAGCAGAGGGAGAUUGCUAAAAUGAGAAGAUGCUUGAGACCAGAAGAGCUGACCAACCAGUUGAACCAAAUAGACCUAAAUUUGCAACACAAGCAAUUAGAAGAGACCUUCCAGCAGCUUGUUUCAGAUUACCGAAGAGUCCUAGAACGGCUUGCUCAAGUCUGAGGAUGCUACCAGAACCGUGCAGAUUUUUGUACAUUGUGUUAUCAGAUAUAUCCUUGAUCACUGCUUCACUGAAACUUUAAUCACUUUCAAGAUGACUGUUUCCUGUGCAUUUUGGAUAUUUUCUAUUUUUGUGUUGUAGAUUUUAAAAAUCUGUGCUUAGAUUUUGGGGGCACUGUGCUGAAAUAAAGAAAGUAGAUUGAGAUGCA